AACAAAACCCUAAGCCAUCCAUCUUUCUUCAUCUUCCUCUCAUCUCCUCCUCCCCUAUCUGUCCCUCUCCUCUAUUCUCCUAGCAGCUCAGGCGAAGCAGCGAACGGCGCCGGCCAGCGAACAGCCGCGAAAACCAGCCGGCGACCGGGCGCCGCCGAUCCGUUCUUCUCGCCAGCAAGCGAAGGCCGCGCCGGCCAGAAGCAGCGCGAGGACAGCUCCGACAGGCGAGCCUCUUUCUCUCUUCUCCUCCGCUCCAGUGAGGACGACAACAACAAACAUCAGCUCCAGCUUCUCUGACCAGCGAGCAGCCAACUCCGGCGAAGGCAAGGUAAUCACCGGCGAACCCCAUCGAAGACGACAACAACAACAGCGAGCCAGCAAGACCCUCACAUCUCCAUUCCUCUCCUCUUCGGCGAAGUUCUAGUAAUCCAGGAAACUAGGAGUGAUCACGAUGGGACUUCUCAGCAUUAUCCGAAAGAUCAAGCGAAAAGAAAAGGAGAUGCGCAUCCUUAUGGUGGGUCUUGACAACUCUGGUAAGACAACAAUAGUGUUAAAAAUAAAUGGUGAAGACACAAGUGUCAUCAGUCCAACCCUUGGCUUCAACAUCAAAACCAUUACAUAUCAGAAGUAUACCCUCAAUAUAUGGGAUGUUGGGGGGCAGAAAACAAUACGGUCUUAUUGGAGAAACUAUUUUGAGCAAACUGAUGGCUUGGUGUGGGUUGUGGAUAGUUCUGAUCUGAGAAGGCUAGAUGACUGCAGAUACGAGCUACAUAAUCUUCUGAAGGAGGAGAGGCUAUCAGGAGCAUCAUUAUUGAUUUUUGCAAAUAAGCAAGACAUACAAGGUGCUCUUUCUCCAGAUGAAAUAGCCAAAGUGCUUAAUCUGGAGGCUAUGGACAAUAGCAGGCACUGGAGAAUCGUAGGAUGUAGUGCAUACACAGGAGACGGGCUACUUGAGGGAUUUGAUUGGCUGGUACAAGACGUUGCAUCACGAAUCUAUAUGCUUGAUUAAGCGAAGUUUACAUUAAGAUUUUGAUUCCUGCAAGAUGACAUUGUUAAAAUCUUUUGGAUAUACAACAUUUGUGCAUGUAAAGAUAAAGAAAAUCAUGUAAGGAGCACUUUACUAGCUACUGCUCAAAAUGACCAUUUGUGAGGAAAUUCUUUUAAGACCUUUCCCAAUAUGCCAGUCUUUUGUUGUAAUUGUAGCAGAUUGCACAAAAAAGUGACUGUCCUUAACCAAAUAAAUUCACAAAUUAAUAAUUUUUAUAAUA